UUCUGGGCCGUCAACGUUGCGCUAGCAUCACGCGAUCGGCAGCAUCAUAAUUUUCCGAGCUCGCACAAGAAGCUAGGAUCCUCAGUCAGCUGACGUUCUUUGUUUCAGAUCCAAAGACACGUCAGAGCUGCGGUCUCAGUAAGGUGGCCACAACCUACUCUGGUUGGACGUCACUGGGAGUCAUAUGUUCAGCAGAUUCCGAAUAGCGUGCUCUGCGCCAGCCGAGGCCCGCACUCAAGCAUCCUCGACGACCUUAUCAGCUGAGAAAACGAAGAAGCCCUUGUCAUGUUCGAUCGUGUACUGCUAGUGCUAGCCUUGUUUUGUCUCCUGGGCAACGAGAAUGGACUUGAAAUCGACAGAGCAGACGGAGGAUAUGUUAAUCUCCUAGUCUCGAUCCAUCCGGACACCCCACCAAAUGAAGUGAUUGUCGACAACCUAAAGGCUCUCCUACAAUCUUCCUCGGAGCUCCUGCACAACGCCACUGGUGGCCUGGUUUUUAUCAAGCAAGUCAUUGUGGAGUUACCGAAAACGUGGCCGCAGAGGAUGACAGCUCGAAGCGAACCUAAAUGGUUGUUCUCAAAGAGCGAUGUCCGUGUUGAAGCUUUAAAGAGCGGCCACAAAGAAGAGUCCUUCAGUACAAACCUACGAAGGAGGUGUGGGCAACGCGGCGACUUCAUUCGUGUUUCACCCGACGUUCUGGCUGAGCUGAACAAAACAAAGAAGGCCCUUAACCACGCAACCUACGCCUUCCUGAAUGAGUGGGCCCGUUUCCGGUAUGGCGUGUUUUAUGAGUACGGGCGCUUGGGACACAAGAAGUACCCUCUGUCCUACUGCCCUUGUUGCAAUAAGAAAGUUGUACGUUGGAACUCGUGCUCUGAUAAAAUUGUCCAUGCCAUUCUUAAUCCUAACAUUUGCGAGUAUCACGACGGCUGUUAUGCCACCGAAAAGUGCCUCGUCACGAUUACUCAACCAGAACAAGACCCCAUUGAAUCAUCGCUCAUGUUCCGACCGCGCCUCGACAACGUAAAUCAUUUUUGCAACUGGGGGCAGGGAAGUCACAGACACAACAACUUAGCUCCUAACAUGCACAACGACAUCUGCAACGGCGAGUCUACAUGGGACGUCAUCAGAAGGAACAAAGACUUUAUCAGCUUUCCUCCGCCCGACCUGUCCAAGCCCAUACUGGUGGAGUUUAAUGAAAUCCAGCACAAACCUGGCAAAAGCAUGCGAACUGUUCUUGUUCUUGACGUUUCCAGGAGUAUGCAGGAACAUAGGCGUCUAGAAACACUAAAAGAGGCGGUUGACGGCUUCCUUCUGCGUUCGCUCGACAACAUGGUACAGCUCGCCAUCGUCACAUUCAGCACAACCGCAAAAGUGCAGCACCCGAUGAUGGCAGUCAAUCACCGAACCGUAAAAGGCUUUCGGGAAGCUGUCAAUAAGUUGACGCCGGAUCGCCGUACGUGCAUUGGCUGUGGCCUUCAGCGCGCUCUAGAGGUGCUGAAUAUUUCCAGUGAGAGUCCUGAAGGAGCAAGUAUUGUUCUUUUGACCGGCGGUGUGGAGAAUGAGCAGCCCUACAUUCAGGACAUCUGGCCUCAACUAUUAGCGGCAAAAGUCGAAGUUGUGACAAUGACGAUGGGUGACCAAGCACAAGAGAAACUUGAGAAGCUGGCUACGGAAACGAAAGGGCAAAGUUACUUUUUUCCUGACCGCCUUGAAAACCUGUCGAGAGCCUACAUCGAAGCCAACAGCUCGGCGCAUGAGCUCACACAUCAUCGAUUGGGGCGCAUUACGACCAGUGAAACUGCAAAAGGUAAUGCCACUGAACCACUGGUUUCUGGCCAGGGUUCUACGCUGCCCAAUCUCUAUGAAUUGGCACCACAAAUAGCAGCAUUCAAAGAAGAUGCAGAAAGAUCUCAUCGUAAGGCGACAAACGAGCUCAAGAACCUCACUAAAGCUACAAGCUUGGCCAUCUCCCAGUCUGCUGACGGCGAGUGCUUUCCAAAGGAUGGAUACGAUCCCAGAUUCGACAUUAGGAAUAUCUUUAAGGAUCAUCUCACCUGGGCCGAGCGCUCAAAGGAACCUAUGUACAUUAUGUACAUAACGAAAGGCUUCAACGGAACUGUCGAAGAAACAUUUAUUCUUGAUGAAGGACUGGGAAACAACACGGUUGUUGCAAUCAUCCGUCACCCUGCUGAACAUUACUCCCUCACGGCCUGGCUGGUGGAUCCCACAGGAAAGAGGUGUCAGAAUUGUGAGGAAGUGGAGAACGGCACGGAAAAAUCACUCACCAUACCAAGCCCUGCCACGCCCGGCACAUGGACGCUUCAAGUGGAGUGUUCAAGGAAGGGUCGAGUCCUUAUCACCAUGGAGGUCACGUCCCAAUUCAGAGAUGACAACGAUUGGCCUAUAGCGGCUAAGUGUGAGGCGGAGGAUGAGCCGGUCACGGAACCAGAAGAUGCAGUCAUAUACGCUGGUGUUGGCAAAGGAGGCCACAUUGUCCUGGACGCAACCGUAACAGCGGUGGUCCUUAACACAGAGGGACAUAGUUGCCCUGUCCGACUGCGUGACAACGGCAUAGAUCCUGAUAUCUUGGCCAACGAUGGUUGGUACACCGGCUACUUCACCCAGUUCACGGGCAAAGGAAGGUACGCCGUCAGGGCUUAUGUUUACGGGGACAACAAGACCAGCCAUGCGUACCGUACGGAGGGAUUCCCUCCUGACAGCUCCAUUUCUUCGGCGGGGGUAGCGCUUCCUCCGAAUGGACCAACCCUACAUGCGCCAGGCAACUACACAUUCGUGGAUACCCUCCUAGGAAAAAAGACGCCGACGGUCCCAUUCGAAAGAGUUGCCUACUGCGGCUACCUUAACGUCAGAAGGGACAUGCGGCAGACUGAUGUUCCUCCAGGUAGAAUGAGAGACCUUGAUUUUUUCGACGGUUACGUCGAGAGUGACAGAACAGCCGUCAUCAUACUUACUUGGACUUGGCCUGGCGCACACAUGACACACGGAAAGGCGGCGGCAGUGGAGAUCCGAGGCAGCACGAAUAGAACCAGCCUUCAAAGGGACUUCGACAGCCAGGUGCUUCUGUCCAAUGUCGUUGAAGGCAACCUUGACCCCCUCCCCGCCGGUUCGAAGCACAACGUAUCGAUCGCACUUCCUCGCGAGUGGGAAACGUCGAAACCAGGCGACAGGGACUUCACGCUGGAGGGGUACCUAGCGGCGCGUGUUAUCAACGCCGAUGGACUCAAGGGGAAGCUGUCCAGGAGCCGUAAAUUGUCGUUCCUAGUCGUAAACUUUACCGCCGAAUCACUCACGACAGGAGCGUCCAUCACCACGCGGGCAAUGGGGCAGACUAAGCCUGGGCCAGAAAGAACCACGAGAGUGCCGGAAAAGCCCUACACCAAGACAAUCCAAGCAGCGACCUCAACACCCCCGGCCAAAGGGGAACCAGCUCGUGAUCCAUUGGAAACAACCACACCAGAGGCGGGGCAUGGGAGAAAGAAUGACCAUACAUCCGUCAUAAUUUGGAUUCUGCUGGCGCUAGUUGCCGGAGUCGUCGUGUCAGCCAUCACAAUUAUACUGCUGCUCAGGACGCAGUCCAGCCGCAUUGCCGAAAAUCAGGCUACCACCACGAGCACGGCAACUAUGACAACUAUGUGAAGCCACGUGGUAUAAAGCGUUUCGGGCUCCAGCAAUGCGUGGCAUUAUUUGAACUUCUGGCUAGCGGGUGCAUGUUUAUUUCUUUUAAAAUUCACCCAGCAACUC